CUGACACUGAAUCUUAAGCUCAUAGUUUCAUAGAGAGAAUGAAGUCCAUCAGGGAGAAUAUUAUUACGCCUGCCAGGAAAAGAAAAGGAUCUUGCAGACAAGCUCUUAAAUCGGUCUUGCUGUAUCUCUGGGAUGUUUACUCCGUACCCACACCAACUGGCAAAAACAUCCUGGCUCUUCUGUCUCUCUGUCUCACACUCGCUGUAAUCACAGGCGGCCUGCUUCAUCACUGGAUGUCAAACACUCUGAAAUACAACCAUGAAGGCUCCAUUCAGACCGCCUGUAUCUACAGUGUUACGGUGUUUCUGGUCUCGUUCCUGUGUCAUCCUCUGCGCUGUGUACUGACCAUGACUCUGCCAACUGUCUGUACUAAAGAGGGACGCAGACUCCUCAUUUCGGCCUCUGUCAUGAUUUUAGUUUUGAAUGUUGUCCCUAAUAUAUCGGUGAAUGUUGGAGCGGUAGCACGCAUCCUGAAAUGCACUGCUGAGGGUUUUACAAAGACUUUACUGAAUUCCUCGGAACCUUUGAACACAGCAAAGCGAGACCUUGUUGCGGAAACGGUCAAAGUGAGAAGGGAAGACUUGAGCAUUGUCACCAACUUGAGGAAGUUAGAUCACUUCACACAUGUUGAUGUGUCAGAAGUCAAAAGCAGGUUUACUAAGAUAAUUGGGCAGAUAGAGGUCAACUUCUCACAUGCCAGGAACCUGCUCAAAGAGUGCAAACUGCUCUCGAACAGGAUUCUUGCUGCUCUUUUUGUUGCUCUGCUAGUCUUUGAAUCUGCACGCUAUUUGAAGUCUUACCUGACAUCAGUGCAGUUCGAUAAUAGCUACAUCUGCAAAGAGCUCCAGAACCAGGCGACUCAUGCUGCUAACAAAAGGCCAGCUAAAAAUAAAACUAACCCCACAAGCUGCAAAAUAACAAGUCAAGAAUGCACCUCUUGUUUGAUAUCACUGGUUGUGGUAACAUUAUACUUCAUUGCAAUAACUUUAAUAGUAGCUUUGGACCACGUCGUGUAUCAUAUAGUUCAGAUGAUUUUGCCAUGGUUACUGGAUUUCCCACCAACAUCCGCCAUCAUAAGUGUGAAUUACAAGGUUAAGUGGUUCCCCCCUGCUUUUUGCAUCAUCCCACAUAACUGCAUAACCCGGGAGCUCACCAACUUCCACAGGGAUUACAAGUGGACCUUCAACCCGGAGCCGUCGCUCUGUGAUGUGAAAACUUCGGCUCCGAGCCUGGGAGUCACUCUCCUGUUGGGAUGUCUCUGGCUGAUGAGCUACUCUCUGGUGUUCCUCGAGGUUUACGCCAGACGUCUGCGCAGAAAGAUCUCUGCAUCGUUUUUCAGAGAGCAAGAGGAGAGGAGGGUGGCUUAUUCAAUGAGGAAAACACAAGAGAAGCUGAAUAAAAAGGAGCAAAAAGAGGCUGUUUCCAUUGAGGUUACUACUGUUUGAAAUUACUCUGGAUAGUGCUAUGCUAGCCUUGUUUAUUAGCAAUACUAGCUGUGUAGUAGUAAUGUCAGUCUGUUGGUCAGGAUUGUGGCUUUCACACUUGGAUCAGAUAAUAUUUAGGAAAAAUUACUGUGUUGUCACUGAAUGAAAUGUAGAUAUCAUCUGUUAUAAAGGAUCGACACAACAUGUUUGCAACAAUAGUUUCCUUGGCUAGGGACAACAAUAUCAAUGCAUUACAGCCCACAGUGUGUAAUGGUAUAUACACGCACAUACAGCCCCACCUCAACCAAUAAAGUUUUGGGAAGCUUUAAAGAUUUUUUUAAAUAGUAGCUUUAACUUUUCAUUACCAAAUCGUUCUGAGGUUAUUUUCUAUUUUAACAAUAAGGAACAAAUAUCCUCAAGAGAAGUACGAUUCAUUGAGAAACUUUGUUAAUGGAGUCUGCUCAUUCCUACAAAGGAUCCCUUUACCCAUGAUAGUUGAAAUGGGUAGUCAAAAAAACAAAAAAUAGGGAAAAGAUAAAUUGAGGGGAUGUCAAACUCGUUGCCCCCUAUACUGCCAACAUGUUUCCGCUAUCGGCUAUUUAAUUUCCCACGGUCACCUGACACAUUGCCAUCAUCAUUACACAGGAUCAGCAACAAAGCAAUCACAACAGUCUACUUUUCUUAUUUGCAUAUUAAGACUGACUGCAUUAAUUUAUUGGUAUUUUAACCUUAUACAAACUGACAGUUUAGUAUUAUUAUUAUUUCAGAUGAAAGAACAAAAAAAACAACAGAAGAAUGCUUCAGUCGGUGGUGGGCGGGGCUUUAGAGGCCCACUGUGGUCAGAGGCGACAGUGGAGUCAUGCGGUUAGUCGACUAGAAUAUUGAACAUUAUCACCCUUACUAGUCGGAACAGGAAUGAUUAGUCAGUUAAAGUCAUUUUAAAUAUUUUUUCAUUAAUGUUGGUCCACAAGGUCGGUUUAAUGUUUAGCUCUGAUUUAUGGGCCUGCUCCCCCCCUCCCCCCCCUCAUGUGGUUUCAUAGAUAUCCCACCUCACUAGUUUCCAUCCACAUACAGAACAACUGUUUUCUGUGUGAUGAGUGUGUUCUUUAUAUUUUAUCUAUACCGCUCAGACCCACUAGAUGCCACUAAUGUGCUUCGGACAGAUGAGGGCAGAGAGUUGUAUUCUACUUUCUGCCAGGAAUUGAACAGCAAUAGGGGGGAUCUGACAACUUCCUAAAUUAGUUGUGAUUGGGUGAAAUAAUUUUUUUCAUACACACAGCGGAUAAAUCAUCAGCCUAUUUUGACCAACAUGCCCUCGAUGAAAAAACGAAAUCACUUCCGUUCUCUCAAAAAAGUCCCUCGCAUUUCAUCAGCGUACUGCUGCUUGAAAACUCCCAUGAGGCUUUGGGACUUUAUUUUAAGACCCCAGAAUAAUAAUAGAAUACUUGUUUUUAAUCUAUUUUUAUUCCUGACUUCUGUCCACUUCAUUAAUGUCUCAAAACUCAGCCUCCUGUGUAAAGACGGUACACUGUUGUUGGUCUAGAAAUAAUGAAUUAUUCAUGUAGCUUCUGUUACUAUAAAUUCUCACAUCAGCGUGUUGAUAACUUUGUGUGUGCGACAGCUCUGGGCUUAUUCUCCCCAGAAAGGCAGUGAAGCAGAUGAUUGAUUAAUGUUAGAAUGAAAAUAAAAAAAGUACCUUUUGCUA